GCCAUGGGUGAGUGGUGGCAGGGGAGUGGUGAAAUAAGUGACCUUACCUAACACAAGCAAGAAGAAAUAGAGAGUGUGAGAGAGGAGUGUGUGUAUUAUUUCUUGCAUUUAAGCCUCUGGAAGACUUCCAGAGCAGCCAUAAGAAGAAGAAAAAUCAACUGUCUCCGCCUCCCUCUUCCCUGUCUUUACUCUCCUCCUGCCUUACCCAGCACUCUCAGCCAUCCAUGAGUGUGACCAACUCCUCUGCCUAUCGAUCGGAGCGUAGUUUCCACCAGACUUCAUCAUCAUCCUCAUCCUCUGGUAACCCAUACAUGGAUAAGAGCCGGACUAUGGACUUUGGCUCCUUCAUGAGGCCAGAGAGCAACGCCUUGGGGUGUUCCAGUGGAUCUGGAAAUAUCAAGACUGUUGGGGAUUCUUACCAGUUCGCAGUUGACGUGCGAGACUUCUCCCCCGAAGACGUUAUCAUCAUGACAUCCAAGAACCAGAUUGAAGUUCAUGCGGAAAAGUUGGCCCCGGAUGGUUCAGUGAUGAACACUUUUACACACAAGUGCCAAAUACCUGAGGACGUGGACCCCACCUCAGUGACAUCAUCACUGGGCGCAGAGGGGAUUCUAACAGUCAAGGUGCGGCCUCACCUGGCCAAACACGAGCUCGCACAGACCUUCCGCUCGGAGAUCAAGAUCUAGAGAGGGACCCACUUUCUCAUCACAAACCUCUCACCUUAUUGUGUUUUUAUGCUACUUCCUGUAUUUCCUGUCUUCACUCAAACCAUUCUACUCCAAACACUCAGAGCGUUGGCACUAUGUGCUCUAUAAAUCAUGCCACACUCUCCCUCUCUGACUGCAACAAUGCCUGUUGUUGCUCAUGUAUAUUCUGAGUUAGUUCACCAUACACUGCAGCAAUAGGUCGUACCUGUGCAUAAAAUACCGAGACACACAAGCUUGGACAUGUACAGCAUUUGGACACACACGCACACACAAACGUCAGUCCAUUCCUGUCCUCUCACACAGGUCUAAAAAUGAAGACUGGCCACUGAUAUUGAUGGCUUCCACGUAAUAAUAACUUAUUGUAUAUUAUUAUUUGUGUGAAUAAAAUGAUCCUGCUUUGACAAUAAA